AUGGCUGCAUGCAAGCUCGAGCUCAUGCAUGAUGCAGAGUACAAAGGCAAGGGGACUGGACGUAAAUUGCAUGUCUCGUUCCUCGCCUUGGCAACCAAGACGAAAAAAGUACCCUUUCACCCUAUCGCCAACAACCCAGUACCGGUAGUGGCCGAGUAUCAAUAUAUGAAGAAGGCUACGACCAGUGGUGUCUCAUGCGGGCCCACCUGGGCACCCUCCUUGGAUGCAGAAGAAGCACUUCUUCCUCGCCCUGCCUCCACGGCAGCCCUGCACACACAUUUAAGCCAUUCACCGUGUUUCACGCCGAUCUUUCGAGACAACUCAAAGCGCACCGAAAGAACCACGUUCCGAGUCUGGUGGCACCAAUAUGCCUACCCGUACUUUAGGCAAGGCAGUUACCCAUUGCCGAGUAGCACAACUCAGCGCAUGUGCGAGACCAGAGGCCACAGAAUGGUGUAA